CCCAGCCAUUGUUUCUAUGUCCCGAGUAGCAGUAACCCUCAGAGCAACAGCGACAGUUCUGCCAGAGGCCCCAGGCUCGAGUGGCCUAUGCCUGUCAUACCUGCUGGUACUCAUCCCAUGAGGGCCACCGCACGGAGCGCGAGCGGUAAGUCUUCCUCCGAGUCCAGAAAACCCAGAUCAACCCACAGAAACCCGGAUAGUAGUAGCACCUCACACAAAGCCCGAUCCAGACGUUUCUCAAACCCUUCCGUCAGGCCCACGGAAACCAUUAAACGCGACAUGAACAACAGGCAUCGGGCCCGCACACUGUCUGCCUCGGCAGCUGGCCGCCCUGACUCGCUGGCUUGGCCAAUUCCAUCUGUGCCCGAGGCACGCCCCUUCCCGAAGCCAAAGGUUUCUGCAAAGAUCAGGCCGGCUCCUGACCACAUGCGGCGACCCACGGCGUUCGAUAAGGAUCUUCGCCGCAUGGAAAACUUCCACCUCACGCAGUCGGAACGAGGCGAUAGGGUCCGAGACGACGAGAGCGACGUACAGACCGAGGUAAGUGCUCUGAGCGGUGCCUCGUCGACGAUCAACGACAAAUUGAGAGAGUUGGGCUCGGAUUGCACGGCUGAUGAACCAUGGAGGAGACCGAGGCUGCCCACCCCUGACGUUGGCGAAGAUUUGGAUAUUGCCUUGGGCAGUGGGAAUUUUCGCAUAAAGAAAAUUUGAUGUGAGGGACAGAGAGCAAGUAAAACAAGG